AGAUAGGUUUGUGCUGGAGAGUGAGAGGAAGUGAAGACGUUGCUUUAUAUUGUGGCUUUUCUCUGGUUUCAUCACACUCCCCCUGUAAGUUCCACCCUCUCACCACUAUAAGAGACUCACUUCUGCUGACUGCCAUUCAAACAAGCCUCGCAGAGCUCAAAGCCCGCCAGGAGACCGCCAGCUUUGGUUUAUCAGCGGAGAACAGAAAAAAACACGCCACUGCCUUGUUCCAGGCCACCAACCCAUUAAAAACUCCGUUCAAGACCCCCACCGCACCUUCGGAACCACCAUGCAAGCUUAAAGGGCAUAGUGUGAUUCUGCUUGGACGUUCUCGGAGUUAAAAUUCACCAUGUUGCAGCACUGCCACACGGGCCUGUGCCUGUCCGUGUACGUUCUCACCUUCGUGCUGGGUUUCCCCGCCAACAUCCUCGCCUUCUACACCUUCAGUAAAAAAGUCCGCCAAAAAGCCACGCCCAUUGACAUUAUCCUCCUCAACUUGACCAUUUCGGACUUGCUUUUCCUCCUCUUCCUGCCGUUCAAGAUGCAAGAAGUCACGAACAAUAUGAUUUGGACACUGCCCUACGUCCUCUGCCCGCUUUCAGGAUUUAUUUUCUACCUUACGAUCUACACCAGCGCUUUUUUCCUGACGGCGAUCAGCGUAGAGCGGUAUCUGGGAGUGGCGUUCCCAAUCCAGCAUUCGUUGAAGCGUAAGCCAAUUUACGCCACAGCAGCUUGCAUCUUUUUUUGGAUCUUCUCAAUUAUUCACUUGAGCAUCGUCAUCAUCAUUCCUCUAAUCGGAAGCCAGGAGACUUCACACCUUGCGAGCUCCUACAACAGUUCUGAUUCCCUAAACACGUCAACUUCAGCUAAUUAUCAUCUUGUCAAAGGGAAUCGCGAGGUUUGCUACCAGAACUUCACCAAAAAACAGCUAGAAAUCCUCCUCCCUGUACGCCUCGAACUAUGCAUCGUCCUGUUUUGUAUCCCGUUUUUUAUCUCCAGCUAUUGUUACAUCAACUUCAUCCGAAUUUUGUCAUCGUUGCAGCACAUCAAUCGAAGAAAGCGUCUCCGUGCGAUUGGCAUGGCCUUGGGGACUCUCGUAGUUUUCGCGUUAUGUUUCGGACCGUACAACGUUUCGCACAUCGUCGGGUUUAUCCAGUGGAAGAAUCCAGAGUGGAGAGAUCAGGCAUUACUCUGCAGCACUUUCAACGCCUGUUUAGAUCCGUUCAUUUUUUAUUUCUCGUCAUCAGCUAUGAGAGGUUCAGUUAGCAAUGUUUUGGAAGGGGUUCGGAAAACAUUACCAAACUGCAUCUCUUGUCAUGUUCCCAGAGUCUUGAAAAUUAGCAGCAGUAACAGCACCAGUGAUAAAGAUAAGGAGCGCAAACAGGAAUCCAUGAGCGCUAUCUGAAAACGUGGGCAGGAGCGGCCAGCAGCUGUUCUCAGUGCAUUUAUGGUUCCUUUAUUGUUCUUUGAUCCACGGGACCCGGAAAUUAAUGUUUAUAUUUUUGUACUAAGUUUUAUUAAGCGUUGAACCUAGGACUACUUCAGGUCUAAACCAGGACUUUAAACAUGGGUGGACACUUUUUUUGACUAUGAAGAUUCAAAAGAGACAUGUUCAGAAAUAUGUAUAUAAUUAUAUUUUUCUUAACUUAUGGUGAAAUGUAUGCUCUUUUUGGUUAACGGUCCUGUAUUAUACAAACUCCUGUGAGCUUUAAGCCAUGUUGGAAUAAUAUUGCCUCAUCAAAAACAUAUCUGGAGUUGAGUUUUGUUUCAUUCAUACAUGUUUGAGUAAGCUUUUAUUAUUUGUCUAUCUACAUCUCCAAUGCUCAAAGUGCUCUGUCCCACCUUGCGAUGUCAUGCAGUGGUAGUUUUCAAGUUAACAGCUAUGUUUUACAUUUAGUUCACUAGAGAAAGUCAAUUCCAGGGCUGAAAUCAUUCAAAUCAGGGGUGUCAAAUACAAAUUCACAGAGGGCCAAAAUUAAAAACCGGGACUAAGUCGUGGGCCAAACUAAAUAUUUAUUGAAAAAUUUCAGCAACAUCUGCAUGUUUUCUCUUCUUUCGAGAUAUGUAAUGUUAAUCCUUUUCUUAUUAAAUUUAAUGUUUAAUAAUUGUUUUGCUUAAACACUGAAUCCAGAAUAAGUGUAAUAUAAAAUAAUAACAAAAUUUUAAAUAAAUAAUGUCUCUAGGGCCAGCUUUAAUACAUAUUUAAUGUGAUCUCGCAGGCCAAAUAUAAUUAUAUUAUGGGCCAAAUUUGGCUCCCAGGCCUGAGUUUGACAUGUCUGAUCCAAAUGAUUCAAGCAAAGGUGUAUGGAGUUUAAAAACAAAAUGACACUUGAUGUUUUACUACAUGACAUCACAAAUGUUUUACAUUUGAGAGAAGAACAUCUAAAUGAAACAAAACAGAACUCCAGGUAUGUUUUUGACGAGUAAACAACAUUAUAACGUAGAUCAGAAAAUAGUGUAAUAUGGACCUUUGAAGUCUAUUGAAGCUUAUAUUGAAUUAUACUUCCUCAAAGCCUCUGCAUGCUACCUAGUUUUGGUUUAAUACUUGUGGAUACCCUUAAAAGCACAAAUAUGAUUCAGUAAUUUUGAAACUAUAACAUAAAUAGUUCACCACAAAGUUUCAGUGGUGGUUUUACAUGUGAAAUAUUCUGAAAAUGCUGGUCAUUUUUUAUAUAUAGCUGAAGACUGAAUUUAUUUAUUGUAACUUGAGGCCUGAUCAGGUCUGUGAUGAUGUUUGACGACCACUGCUUUGUAACCAAAUUAUUUAAUUAUAUUGUAAAUGUGUGGUGUUUACAAGAAACUACCAAACUACCAGCUCAGCAUGUUAAGUGGAUAUGACAGGAUGGACUAAGGACUUUUUUUAUAUUUUUCACCCCAAUAUGUUAGUUUGCAAAUUUUACUUCCUGGAAAUCAUGACAUGGGAAUUCCGUGACAGUUAUCUAGCAACUAUGAGGUGCACUAGGCCCUCCUCCUCUAAUGUACACAGAAACUAUUAUUUGACAAAUAGAAUUAUAUAUAAAAAAACACCUUUAUGUUGUUGAAAUAAUGUUUAAAGAAUUGGGAAAAUGUGUAUGAACUGUGCCGAACUGUUGGAUAGAAUUCUCCCUAGUGUGAUGUCAUCAAUGUGGAAAUUUUCAACACAUUUUUAAACUUUUCUUCGCAAAUUGCUUCUUGAUUGGUUUAAACUAUCUAAACUAUAUUUACAGCAAGUAUUAUCCCAUCAAAUUAAAGGUAUACUAUGUAACUUUUCAGUCUUUUUGAGGGUCUGCCUGGAAUGUUCCACAGUAUGACAUUAAAUUACAAGUGACUAAAAAAUAUCUAGAAAAACAGGGUGCCUCUCCACAGAUCUGACCUGCAACUUGGUCUGGUUUAGUCUCCAUGAAGAUAGAAAAGUUUAAUACCGUACUGUGAAACAUUGCAGACACAGCAAUAACAUUUCCACGGAGACUAAGCAGGUAGCGGACCCUCUACCAGAAAAGUUACAUAGUGCACCUUUAAGCAAAACAUUACAGAAGCAUCCAAACCUGUCAUACGCACUUUAAAGGGUUCCCUAUGCUAUUCCUUUUACUAAACUCAUUUGCAUUAGAAAGCUAUGACUGAAACUGUAAAUAUCUAAGCCCCGUGCGUCAUCUGUGGUCAGUUAGAGAUAAGGUUGGACACAGACUGACGGUUACUGGCUCCUGUAGCAUUUGAGGACCUCAUGUUUGAAUGUACACUGAAUGUAAUAAAGCUAUAAAGACUGA